GUCAGUUCCCUGUUGCACCCCGGACGAGGCACACAACCGCGGCCUUGCCUCGACUGGCUGGGCGUCUUCCCGCCUAUCUCGUUUAAAAGUAGCGAGUGUUUUAUUUUGUUAUUAAGCGGUAAUUAGUCUAAUUUUUGUUUAUUUAUAUAAGAUUACUUUCUAAUAAGUUACGAGGAGCGUUUCAUUGGUUCGUCAGCUAUGGCGCACAGCCGGACCGGGAAGACUAAAGUCCCCGCCUCACAAAAUAAACGGCGAAUGGACGAGGACGACGAUGAACCAGAUUCCUCCAUGCUGAGCAGUCAGUGCGCGGAGCAGAACAUCUCGCAGAAGCAACUUGAACAGAAAGUGAGCGAGGUGAUACAGUACAUCCUGACUGUCGACCAGAAGAAGAUCCCUAUAAAAAAAUCAGAUAUCAGCAAGAACGUGCUGAAGGACCACCGUUCUCUCAUCAACACGGUGAUGAAGAUGGUGAUCAAGAAGUUGAAUGAGGUGUUCGGGAUGGACUUGGUGGAGAUUGACUCCAAGUUGCACUCUUUCAUCCUCGUCAAUAAUAUUCCCAAUUCAGGAGAAGCCUUAGCUGACAGUGCGAACGAGAAGCUGGGGCUGCUCAUGCUCCUGCUCAGCAUCAUCUUCAUGAAGGGCGGCGUCCUCAAGUGCGCAAAGCUGUGGUACGUGCUAAAGAAGUUUGGAAUCGAUCAGAGCACGCACCACAUCGUGUUCGGAGACGUCAAGAAGCUCAUCAUGGAGGAGUUUGUGCGGCAAAAGUACCUUAAGUGCUCGCGUGUUCUGCACACGGACGUCCCGGAGUUUGAGUUCCGCUGGGGCGCCCGCGCCGAGUGCGAGGUGACCAAGAUGAAGGUGCUCGAGUUCACGGCCAAGAUGUACCGCAACGCGCCCACGGACUGGGCCUCGCAGUACAAAGAGGCGGUCGAGGCGCAGAGCUGAGCGCAGGAAACUCAGCUAGGAGUGUGUGGCGGUCACACACUCGUGGUCACGAUUCCACACUCGUGCGGGCUGUGGAGGUCGUACCAGGUGUGUGCGAGGGUGUGUCAUGGUCCACGCUCGACAAUUUACUACUCGCAUUCGAAUACAAACGAGCUCGAUCCAUGCUGCACGCGCCUGCGCGAUUGUUAAACGCAUCCCAAGUGGCGCGUUAAGCCAUCAACGCUGUCUACGUCAUGUUGAACAUGUGUACACACGCACACACCGAGAUCUUAAUUUGAAUGGGGGGGGGCAAGGAGGAAUUUUGUGGAAUCCUUGGUUCCUCCUUGCACCUCUUCAGUGGUUCUCUUUGAGAGGGAGCGAACACCACGUGGCUGCACUUUACAAGCUGAAGUUAUCAUUAUAAUUGCAGACAAAAUAUAUUGGCUGAACUUUCAUUUUGACAGGGCAUAAAAAUGGCACGACUGUGCGAUGCCGUAAAAACACUUGCAAAUAGUUGAAAUAUGAACUGAUUUCCAUGUAGCCAUUCCGUGUAAAUAUCCGUGACGAACUUUUUUACAUUUAACGCAUUUUCUGUGAGCGAAUGGGGCAGCGUUGCAGCGUUUUUUAUUCUUUGUGAGCACGUCCGACCCGCGCUCGACCUUAUUCACACGUGGAGAAUAUCUAAUAAACGUUAC